AUGGCUCCCAUCGCCAAGACACUCUCCGUCUUGGCCUUCCUUGGCUUCAGCCUCCGCGUCUCCGCGGCCGGCUCCCACGGCGGCAAUCUCGACUUCUACUCCGACGACAAAUGCCAAGACCGCAUCCAGGCCGAAGCUGCCCCCAUCCCCCUCGACGUCUGCAUGCCCGCCUCGCCGCUGGGCUCCUUGUCGAGGAGCUUCCGCGUCUCCCAGAAGCCCUACUGCGCCGACGGCACCACCAGGCCGUCGCUGCUCUUCUUCCAGGAUUGCGCCUGCACGGACGGCAUCGCAAACUACAUCCCUGACGCGCUCUACGGCGACUAUGGCAAUGGCUCGUGCAAUGCGCUCUGGGGCGGCGAGUAUCUCAUGUUUGCGCUGUCGUGCGGCGAGUUCAAGGCGCCUGUGCGGUCGGUGAUUUCCUUUGCCGGGACGUUUCCCGCUCCGUCGCCGACUACGACGAAGCCGGUUGGAUGUCCUCCACUGGGUAGCGGUGCGUCUGCAACUGCGACUGCUACUGGUGUUGCUGGUGAUGAUGAAGGUGGUGCGACAAUAACUGCUGGAGGUGUGACGAUAGCACCGACAUCGGAUGGCAGCUCUUCUAAUAGUCCUGCAUUGACGGGGACGAGAACAAAGGUUGAUCACGCUACGAGCGCAAACUCGCAAACAGCGGCUGCUGCGACGACUUCAUCCGCGGCGAUUGGACGGCACGACGAGGCGGGCUUGAUGUAUUGGACAGGCUUCACAGCCAUUUUUGGCGUCGUUUCGUUUCUAGCCCUGUAA